AUGGAUUCAAUAUAUCUCGAUGACAAGGAAAUCAGUACAAAGUCUGAUCUCGAACAGUACAAUCUCGGAAUCUCCAUUGCUUCUCGUCUUCUAAGCUCUUCAGAAAUGAACCUUCUCCGAUUUUCCGUCAGUACAAGAAUAUUUUCACCAAGAGUUGAAAUACACAGACAACUUUCUCUUAAAUUUAAACCGGAAAAAUGUUCACUGACGGCAUUUUUCGUGUUUGGAAGUCAAAAAGGAUGCCAUUUGAGUCAAUUGAAUAUGAAUAAUUAUGAUGGGAAUAGAAGUAGUGAAGGAGUGUUUCAAUUCGACCACAUUUAUCCCAUAAACUCGACGGCCAAUCGCACAAUAUUUAUAUAUGGAAAACUUGGAUCUCGAGAACUGAACAAUCUGAUUACUGGAGCCAAAAAACUAGUAGAAACUGAAGAAAGUCUUCGUUUUGCCGUUCGAUUCUCUGAUUUUUCUGCCACAGAAGUUUCUAGCAGAUCUCCCGUUUCUCUUUCUGGGUAUGGAGUGGAAUUAGCUAUCAAAAAUACAGAAUAUAAGGCAGUGGACACAUCGAAAGUUGAAGAUCUACCGGAAAAUUUGCAUGGAUUAAACUUCAAAAUUCUCAAACAAAAACAUCCAAACCAACAAAAAGAACUGGAUUCCUUGAUCGAUAAUUUGGAGAAAGUGGGAGAGAUUGUGCCAUUAAAAAAGUGGCAAUUGACAGAUUUGGGAUAUAAAACAUGCGAAAAAAUACUAGAAAAUGGAUCGGAUUUGGAAGGAAUCGAGAAGUUACUGCAGGACUUUCCAAGUCACGCGAGAACAAUCUCGCAUCGAACUCUGAACGAAACUCUUCUGAAAUCUAUCAAGAAAUCACAAGAAUUGCUCCAAUCGUCUGGUAUCGGAAACGGUUUGAAUGUACUGACAAUAAAUGGACGGAUUAUCACAGCAAGAGAUGAACGAAUUGAUUUGUUUUCACUCGCUGAGGUUGACCAUUCCAAAUUGCUCACUCUACUCGAUUUUACUCCAGUCGACUUAUCUACGAAAGCAUUUGACUACAGAACUGCUGAACCAAUUUUUCUAAACAACGUUGAAUCCAAAGGAGGUCCAUACAGAUCAAUUCAUCUUCUUCUUCAACCAUUCCCACCUGAUCAAAUUCGUCCGAUUUCCAGAAACAUUUUCAAUUUGAUUUUCUUUUUGGAUCCAUUUAAUUCUGAUGACAAGCUUAUGGAUCUAGUGGAACAAUAUUUGAAGUCAAAAGUUUAUAUCAGAAUUGGAGUAGUCCCAUUUUUUAAUGAGAGAGCUCAUGGAAUGACUAUUGAAGAAGCUGUGGAUUCAAAACCGAUUUCUCCGAGGAAAAGCAAAAUUUGGAGCUCAAAGGAUACUCUCAUUAAGACAUUGAAGUGCUUGUUUCAAAACGGCAAUCAAGUCAGCGACGUUCUCGGUCCCCGUGCUGAAAACAGACAGUAUCUUUAG